AUGAUGUUCGCAAUCUCUUAUUCCUUGGUAGAAAUUUACAUCAUUGUUUGCUCCUCAUCAUCACCAUCAUCAUCAAGAGCCGAUUCAUCAUUAUUGUUUGCCCUCAUCAUAAUAAUCAGCUCAGCAUUGUUUACCCUUCAUCAGCUUUCAGCAUUCAUCAUCAGCAUUCAUCAUCAUUCAUCCUGUCCCUCAUCAUCAUCAUUCAGCAUUCAUCAUCAUUAUCAGCAUUCAUCUUGGUCCUCAUCAUCAUCAGCAUUAUCAUCAUCAUCAGCAUCAUCAUCAUUAUCAGCAUUCAUCUUGGUCCUCAUCAUCAUUAGCAUCCUCACCGGCAUUCGUCUUGUUCCUAAGCAUUAUCACCAUCAGCAUUCAUCUUGGUCCUCAUCAUCAUCAUCAUUCGUCUUGGUCCUCAGCAUUAUCAUCAUCAUUAGAAUUCAUCUUUGUCCUCAUCAUCAUCAGCAUUCAUCUUGGUCCUCAUCAGCAUCUUCAUCAACAUUCAUAUUGGUCCUCAUUAUCAUCAUCAUCACCAUCACCAUCACCAUCAUCAGCAUUCAUCAUCAGCAUUCAUCUUGGUCCCUCAUCAUCAGCAUUCAUCUUGGGUCCUCAUCAUCAGCAUCAUCAUCAGCAUUCAUCUUGGUCCUCAUAAUCAUCAGCAUCAUCGUCAGCAUUCAUCAUCAUCAUCAAAAAGCACCACCAGUCGAUUGGUUUUCAUUUUCUUGA